UUUUCAGGUGAUUAUAUUUAACAUUUUUGCAUAAAAUAGGUACAAUUUUACAACAUAUACAGUAUGAGUGACACAUUGUUAAAAUGAUCAUUGUUCAUUUUGGGUUUCAGGUUUUCUUCUAAGAGACUGUAAGAUCCUCUCUGGAUGUUAAUAUAAGAAAAAUGAGUGACAAAAAGUUUCACAUUGCCAUGUACCCAUGGUUUGCCAUGGGCCAUCUUACUUCUUUUCUUCACCUUUCAAACAAAUUUGCAGAGAGAGGUCACAAAAUUCUCUUCUUUGUACCUUGUAAAACACUGGAUAAAUUGAAGCAAUUCAAUCUUCACCCAGAUUUAAUCACUUUCAUUCCAGUCACUGUCCCUCAUGUCGAAGGACUUCCUCCUGGUGCUGAAACAACUGCUGAUAUCACGUAUCCGAUGCAGCCUUAUCUCAUGACUGCCAUGGAUAUGACACAACCAACUGUUGAGGCCUCUCUUAAAGAACUCAUGCCACAUUUUGUGUUCUUUGAUUUCACGCAUUGGUUGCCAUCUGUGGCGCGGCCUUUAGGCAUUAAGACCAUUCAUUAUUGCACUAUAAGCUCUGCAGCUACAGGAUACCUGAUAAGAGAAAAGGGUAGUUUUAAGAAUAUACAGUUCACAGAAGCUGAUCUGAUGGAACCUCCUCCAGGUUUUCCUUCUUCGUCAAUGAUAAAGCUCUUUGCACAUGAAGCUCGGCAAUUGAGUGGUGCAGGUGUGAAAAAAUAUGGCAAAAACAUAUCAUUCUCUGAACGUGUUUUUACCGCGUUUACUGAAUGUGAUGCCAUUGCUUUCAAAACUUGUAGAGAACUGGAAGGUCCAUACUGUGACUAUGUAGAGAAUCAUUUCAAGAGGCCUAUUCUACUUGCAGGACCAGUAGUGCCAGAGCAGCCAGCUUCAAAAUUAGAUGAAAAAUGGGCUAAUUGGCUGGACGCACAGCAGCCAAAUUCAGUAAUUUUCUGCGCGUUUGGAAGUGAGUGUAUCCUUCCAAGUGAUCGGUUUCAAGAACUACUGUUAGGAUUUGAGCUUACAAGUCUUCCCUUUUUGGCUGCUUUAAGGCCGCCAUUUGGCAUUGAGAGCAUAGAAGCAGCAUUGCCUGAAGGUUUUAACAAGAGAACUCAAGAAAGAGGUAUAGUUCACGGAGGAUGGAUUCAGCAACAACUAAUACUGGCACAUCCUUCAGUGGGGUGCUUUGUUACUCACUGUGGAUACGGGUCCUUGUCUGAGAGCUUAGUUAACAAAUGCCAAUUAGUUCUACUACCAAGUGUUGGCGAUCAAUUUAUCAAUGCAAGGAUGAUGGGCAGGGAUUUGAAAGUGGGAGUGGAGGUUGAAAUAGGAGAAAAUGGUGUUCUUACAAAAACAAGCAUCUGCAAGGCUAUACAAUCUGUGAUGGAUGUUGAUAGUGAGGUUGGGAAGGAGGUAAGAGAAAAUCACAGUAAGUUCAGAGAGCUAUUGUUAGGAAGAGGCUUUGAGGAUUCUUAUAUUGAUGGCUUUGUGGAAAAGAUGCAAGGUUUUCUGCAGUGAACUUGUUCUGAUAAUUGAGCUUUAAUAAAUUCUUACACUUGCCAAAUUUUCACUUUUCCAUGAAAUACUUAGAGUUCAAUUUUCCUCA